CGGCUACUAUUGCAUAAACCCUAAUUUUCUCUUCCAUUUCCCUCUCGCAAUCGACCUCUGAAUCCUACUAUACGAAGUUGUCAGAUUUUGGGUGAUCUUAUGGGUCCUUCUCCUUUACACGAGUCUUAACUCUUGAUCUGUGUCAAAUGAAUUCGAAAAGGAUGGAUAUUGGCUCCAAAGAUGUCAUCAGCAGUCUACCAGACGCUCUUAUUUGCCACAUUUUGUCUUUCCUCUCCACAAAAGAUGCUGCUUUGACUUCAGUUCUGUCGAAAAGGUGGAGGAAUCUUUUAGCUUUUGUGCCAAUUUUGGAUUUGGAUAACACCAUCUAUGACCAUCCUAAAAUGGGUAGACGUAAAAGGCUACAGAUGCGUACAAGUUUUAAGGUUUUUGUGGAUAGAGUUAUGGCUUUGCAAGGGAAUGCUCCCUUGAACAAAUUCUCUCUAAGGUGUAAAAUUGGUCGUGAUCCAUCUCGUGUCAAUGGUUGGAUACUCAAAGUGUUGGAGCGCGGAGUAGUAGAUCUCUCUCUAUACAUCUCUUCGGAAUAUAAGUAUCCACUGCCUCCACAGGUCUUGAUGAGCAAGACAUUGGUUACGCUGAAAGUAGCUGGUACAGAUGAGUUCACCAUUGAUGUGAUGGACGUUUAUCUUCCAAAGCUUAAGACUUUGCAUAUGGAGGAUGUUUCGUUUGAUGAUGAGACUGGUGCUUCAUUUGCCAAGCUAAUUUCUGCUUGUCACGCGCUUGAGGAGUUAGUUAUGACUAAAAUGAUGUUGGAUUUUUGGGAAUCUUGCUCUGUCUGCAACCCAACCCUCAAGAGAGUCAAAAUUUAUGCUGAGAACAUUGAUGAGAAUCCAAAGAGUGUAUCCUUCGAUACUCCCAAUCUUGUCUACUUAGAAUUCACUGAUACUGUUGCUGCCAAGUAUCCAAAAGCGAAGUUUGAUUCUCUAGUUGAAGCUAGCGUAGGCAUUCGAAUGACACCUGAUCAGGUCUUUCACGCAAGAGAUUUAGUAAAUCGUCAUUAUGGCUAUACAACAAAGUUGGUCGGAAAUGUAGCAGAUUUUCUCAUGGGAAUAAGCAAUGUUAAGAUCCUUUACCUAUCGUCUGAGGCUCUUGAGGAUGCCGAUGAUGAUGGGCAACCGAUGGUGCCUGAGAGGCUUUACUUCGAGCCAACCGAGUACAGCCAAGGUUGUAGGAUAUUGACAAGGUGCUCAGUUAGGAAAGUUGUGGACAAGAUUGAUGAACUUGCUGAGGAGAAAGCAUGGUUCAGAGCGCAUCCUCAAUUUAAGCACAUUUUUCACAUGUUCAAGGAGCCCAACCACAUGAAUCAAGGAUUGUGGAUGCUUCUCCUUCACACUGCUCAUACGGAAAGGCUUAGCGAGUGCUGGUUUGUUGUUAACGGAGUCCCAAUUAGGUAUUCUAUAGGAGAGCAUGCGCUUUUGAGUGGACUUGACUGUCGUGAUUACCCGGCUAACUACAAGGAAUUGGGGAACACGAAGUUUGUUGAGAAGAACUUUGGUAGGAAGGAUAAAGUAAAGAUUUUGGAAGUGGAAGCUAAAUUAAAAGAAAUGAAGGAGAGCUCUGUGGAUAGGAAGAAAAUGGCACUCCUCUGGUUUUUAUGCAAGGUAUUGAAGGCGCAAUACAAGGGUGAUGGUAACAUUGAUCCUUUCCUUCUCCGAGUUGUCAGCGAUUUGAACGUGUGUAAAACGUUCCCUUGGGGGCGUUACACAUUUGAUAUCAUGAUGAAGGAGAUCAGGCGUGUGAUGGCGAAGUUUGAUGGCAGCAUGAAAGACAAAAAAGCUGAAUGUCCUCUUUCUGGUUUCAUUCUACCUCUACAGAUACUUGCUUUUGAGUGUAUUCCUAGCCUUGGCCGCAAAUUCCGAGAAGCUGUACCUGCCCUCGAAGACUGUCCAAGGAUGUGCAAGCACAAGUUCACUGAAGUUUGCAUGAAAGGCAUUCCGUUGGAUGAUAUAAAUGCGGCAAUCGGAACAAGUGCAAAGGAUAUUCAUAGCAUCUUGAAGCCUGAAAACUUGGGUGAAGAAAGACUUUUGCGUCGGAUAUUAGAUCCUGGCUAUGAUGAUGGGAUAGGGGUCAUUGAUGUGGGUGUUGAGAGUUGGAUGGAUCAUCUCACGGUGAAGAAGAAGAAGAUCUUCUGGAGAUCUUUGUAUGAGUUAGACAUUCGACAUCGAGGUGGAUUCACUUCUGAGGCUCCUCAAGUAUCUGAACCUGAGACGACAUCAAUCCUGGAGCUUAAGGGUUUAGUGGGUCUGUUAGAGAAAAGGGUUGCGACCCUCGAACAGCUAGUGCUUCCCCGCCCAUCAUCUCCACCACCCGCCUCCUCACCAGUCUCCUCUGGUCGACCCGCAGUGGCCCCCCCUCGAAGCGCACCGGCAUCAGUUUCAUCUCCUCGGACCGCAGGAGGAGGGACCCCUCCAAGCGCACUGGCACCUCCAAGCGCACCGGCACCUCCAAGCGCACCGACACCUCCAAGCGCACCGGCACCUCCACCAGAAUCCUCCUUCUCGUUGUUGGAUCGUGUGGAGGUGUUGCAUCGUGAUGUAUGGCGCCAAGGAAUAGUGAGGGUGGUUUUAGCCAACAACCGGUACAAGAUCAAGAUCGUUGACUCGUCGGAGGAAUUAGAAUGCAUGUACUGGGAUGUUCGGGCAUCAUCCGCACCACCACCAUCCACAUCAUCAUCAAAAAGCGCAUCAUCAUCCAUAGGCGGUAGAGCAUCCUCAUCCAAAGGCGGUAGAGCUGGAACUAAGAGGCCCCGGAAGACAUCGAAGUACAAGCAGUCGCCUUUUGUCUCUGGGGGGAAGACCAAAAAAGCGAAGAAGUAG